AUGACAGCGACUCAGCUGCUCGGGCUUCCGGCAGAGAUUCUAUAUGCCAUUGCAGACAACUUUGAGUAUGCUUCGGAUCUGAACAACUUCACGCAGACAUGUCGUCAUGUAUACAGCGUUUUGACUCCCAGGCUCGAACAUUCAUUCAUGCCAGCCCCUACCCCGGAAAAUAUCCACCACAUCAUAAUAGAAGGAAACACGCUGAGCCUGGCCAGAAUGUUAUCGUUGAAAAGCGUCCAGGACGUGCAGAUGGCCAAUGUUCUUUCUCUUGGGCGGAUGGCAUCCGAGCAUUGCCAGUUCAAGAUACUGGAACUGCUGGUGGAGCUUUAUGGAUCCGCAUGGUACAUCGAAGACGUCUUAGAUCAUGCGGCAGACUGGUGUCCUGUUCUCGACGAAGCCUUGCGUCAAGAUUGCUCAAAGCUCUUGGAAACAUUGAAUGUGCACCUGUCGAGUCGCCCGGGAGACUCAAAUAGAAUGAUACGACUCUUGAACGCGGCCACUUCUGGGGGACUCACCGCGCUGGUUGUGUAUUUGGCCAGCAGGGCUCGUGACAAGAAUCUGGGUACCUUCUCAUUUGCGGCUCGAUUCAACCCGCCUCUUCUGACCGCAGCCUCUAGUGGUCAAUUAACCUGCCUUCGGUCAUUGAUCGAGGGGUUCUGCAUUUCUUCUGACACUUCCCAGAGUAGGACCCCACUGAAGAUCCAAGAUCAAUUCUUGCUCUUGGCUUCGAGGUUAAUCUAUGUUGCCGCGGCAAGUGGGCACGACGAGGUUGUAAGAUACCUACUGCAGACCAAUGCGGUUGACGUCCUCCGCGAAAAUCCAGACAUCGAAGGACUCAAUGAAUGCUUUCUCAAGAGCUCUGAUGUGAGCAGAGAGUUGACGGUCGACCUCUUUCAUGGACUUCCAGAUAUCGAAACACUCAAUGGGUCGUCUCUCAGAAGCUUUCAUAUUUCCAACGAGUCCGCAGUAGAGCUGAUCCUGGCAGAACUCCGAGACUUAAGCUUUCACAUGAGUACCCCAGAGGGUAAAGCUCAUCCCCGAGCUUUUCUGUGGGCCAUUUUCACCAACAAUAUAAUCUUCGUGCAGAGAUUGCUAGAAUCGGGUCAUGUGCCGCAAGAUGAGCCCGGAAAUACCCCAGCGUUGGCGCUGCGAAGAGGUCUGAAUCUUGCCAUCAGACGCUGUCACGUCAACAUUUGCGAAUUGAUCCUUGCUAAGUUGACCACGGCCAAUGCGCCGAUUGGGACUAGUCAGUACAUGGAACAUCUCAGCCUCGCUCUGGCCACAAAGAAUGCGUCAAUUGCCCGGGUAAUUCUUCACGCAGGUACAGACUUAUGCUGUUUACCUCUCCGCAGGAUAAAAUUCCAGAGAUUGCUGAAGCUGUGCUGGAUCGCUGCUGGCAACUGA